AUGGCGCCGCGCUCGUACUUGUGGGAUUGGUGCAAGAUUUGGGCGCAAUUUCCCAACGCGGCCGGUGAAAGGCCCGCCAAGGCCGGCCAGACAACAAUGGGCCGUGUACGAACCGAGCCUGUUCUAGUCCACGGCGGGCCAAAAAACCCCACAGACAGCUGCGAAGCACCAUCCAGAUCCACCUGCAACCAUAGACUCUCCGACAACAUUAAACAA